AUGAUUAUUCAAAGCUUCUACGACGGUCUCACUCCUACCUCAAGGGCCAAUCUUGACAACGGAGCCGGUGGUAGUCUUAAAAAGCUACCGGUGGAAGAAGCCGAGAAUAUGAUUGAAGAAGUUGCAAGGCAUUACGCCUAUAGAUAUGAUAGAAGAGAAAGUCAACCGAAGAAGAAAGGUAUGCAUGAGUUGAGUGCAAUAGAUCUCAUUGCCUCAAAGUUUGAUAUGCUAGCUCACAAGCUAGACCAAGCAACCUCCUCAAGCGGUACCUCCUCUUCACAACCACAACCACAAGUCAUGUCUUGUGAGACUUGUGAGGGUAAUGAUCACAUGGCUUCAUAUUGCAAUGCUACUAAUGAGCAAGUUGCGGCCGUGAACCAAAGAAAUGAGCAACCUUUCAAUCAAGGGAAGAGCAAUGCAGAAAUGAGCUCCAACAUCCAACAACUUCAAGCGCACAACAAAAUAAUUGAGAAUCAACUAGCUCAAAUUGCACAACAAGUUGGGAGUUCUACCUCCAAUGCUAGUGGUCAAUUUCCAAGCUCAACGGUUGUGAACCCGAAGGAGCAUGUCAAGGCUAUCACAUUGAGGUCCGGGAGAGGGUAUGAAGGUCCGGUAAUGAGUGAAGAUGUGCCACAAAAGAGAGAUGAGGGUGUGGAGGUGAGAAUUGGUGAGAUGAAGCCAACAAGAAUCUCAAUACAACUAGCCGAUCGUUCGGUUAGAUUACCAAUGGGAAUACUUGAAGAUGUACCGGUACAAGUGGGAAGAGUUUUUGUACCUUGUGACUUUGUGGUGAUGGAAAUGGAGGAGGACAACAAGGUUCCUCUCAUUUUGGGAAGGUCGUUCUUGAACACGGCGGGAGUGGUAAUUGAUAUGAAACAAGGCAAGCUAACAUUGAAUGUGGGAGAUGAGAAAUUUUCUUUCUCAUUCUCGCAAGCCAUGAGGAAGCCUAUGUAUGAGGAUAUCAAUAGAAUCAAUACUCUUGACCGAGAAGUGGAGGAAUUGAAGAUGAUGAACAAUAGCAAAGAUACUCUACAAGCGAUCCUCACGGAAAGUUUGUACAAUGAUGAUGAUGAAGCUAAGGGGUACAAGUUGUUGCUAGACCAACCCCUACAUGGCAAGGCAAGGGAGUUUGAAGCACUUAAGGUGGAGGUAAAAGAGGAGAGGUCUACGCCUCCUCCUAAGGUUGAACUUAAACCCCUUUCCCCUUCACUUAAAUACGUUUUUCUUGAUGAUAAUGAGACUUAUCCCGUUAUUGUCAAUACCAACCUUGAUGACACUUCCCUUGAGAAACUCCUAGUUGUGUUGAGGGAGUAUAGGAGUGUCAUUGGGUAUGCCAUUGAUGACAUUAAGGGGAUAAGUCCCACGACAUGCAUGCACAAGAUUUUGCUUGAUAAUGAUCAUGACUCCUCAAUUGAGCACCAAAGAAGGCUCAACCCCAACAUGAAAGAAGUUGUUAAAAAAGAGGUUUUGAAACUUCUUGAAGCGGGCAUAAUCUACCCUAUCUCCGAUAGCAAGUGGGUUAGCCUGGUUCAAGUUGUUCCAAAAAAAGGGGGCAUGACCAUUAUCAAGAACGAUAAGGAGGGUAUUGUGUUGGGACAUGUUGUUUCUAGUAGGGGCAUUGAGGUUGAUCGUGCCAAAAUUGAGGUUAUUGAGCGCCUCCCUCCCCCCACUAAUGUGAAGGGUAUAAGGAGUUUUCUUGGACACGCGGGUUUUUACCGCCGGUUCAUUAAAGAUUUUUCCAAAAUCGCUAAGCCGCUCACUCAAUUGUUGGUAAAGGAUGCCCCUUUUGUGUUUUCUAAUGAUUGUUUGCUAGCCUUUGAUAGGUUGAAGGAAGCUUUGAUCACGGCUCCCAUCAUUCAACCACCGAAUUGGGAGCUCCCUUUUGAACUCAUGUGUGAUGCUUCGGACUAUGCCGUUGGAUCUGUGCUUGGGCAAAGGAAGGAUAAAAAGCUCCAUGCCAUCUAUUACACUAGCAAAACUCUUGAUGAAGCACAAAGAAACUACACAACGACUGAAAAAGAGCUCCUAGCCAUCGUCCAUGCUAUCGAAAAGUUUAGGUCUUACUUGGUGGGCUCCAAAGUUAUAGUCUUCACCGACCAUGCGGCUUUGAAGUACUUGCUGUCCAAGAAGGACGCUAAACAAAGGUUGAUUAGGUGGGUCUUGCUCUUACAAGACUACGAUAUAGAAAUUCGGGACAAGAAGGGUGCCGAGAAUGUAGUAGCCGAUCAUCUCUCACGGCUACCGAUCGUAGAAGGUGAAAUUGAAGCUUUGCCAAUUGAUGAUUCAUUCCCGGAUGAUCAAUUAUUCGCAAUCAUUCAAGCCCCGGCCCCAUGGUUUGCGGAUAUUGCAAAUUACUUGGCUUGCUCCAUCCUUCCUCCCGACCUCACCUAUCAACAAAAGCGGAAGUUCCUCCAUGAUGUCCGCCAAUACUUUUGGGAUGACCCCUUGCUCUUUAAACAAGGUGUUGAUGGUCUUUUUAGAAGGUGUGUCCCCGACGAUGAAAUUCAUGAAGUUAUCACAAUGUGUCACUCCUCACCUUGUGGAGGACAUAUGAGUGCUAACAAGACAUUGGCGAGAAUAUUGCAAUGCGAGCUGGAAAUUUUCGAUGUGUGGGGAAUAGAUUUUAUGGGACCUUUCCCAUCCUCUUUUGGGAACAAAUACAUUUUGGUGGCCGUCGACUAUGUAUCAAAGUGGGUUGAAGCGAUUGCAUCUCCUACAAAUGAUGCUAAGGUAGUGGUCAAGUUGUUCAAGAAAGUCAUUUUCCCUAGGUUCGGUGUGCCACGUGCCGUAAUAAGUGAUGGAGGAUCGCACUUUGCAAAGUGA